AUGGCUUCUUCGAUGAGUAAAAGAACGCAGGCGCGAAAUGAAAAGGAGCUCCAUCAACUACUGUCGGUUGCCGGAAACUCGCAGUGCGCCGAUUGUGGUGCGAAGAACCCAGCGUGGGCAAGUUGGAAUCUGGGCAUAUUUCUAUGUAUGCGAUGUGCCUCGUUGCAUCGCAAGCUGGGAACGCAUAUAUCCAAAGUCAAGUCCUUGAGCAUGGACACGUGGACCUCGGAACAAGUUGAGAGCAUGAAACUUAACGGCAACAACGCGGUCAAUAAAGCGUACAAUCCCAAGAAUAAGAAACCCGAUAUGCCGCUCGAUGCCGACGAGGUAGACUCGGCCAUGGAAAGAUUUAUACGGAAAAAGUACCAGGAAAAGAGUCUGGCAGACGGGAAACCACAGCCUCCCCAGCGAGACGAGUAUUCACCCACCGCUUACUCUCCGAGACCGCCUCUUGAAGACCCAAAUUCGCCCCCGCCUCCUGUUCCUACGAAGAAAGGCAAGAUAUUUGGAUUUGGACUGAGGGCGUCGUCAUCGGCGUACCCGUUCUCCAAGUCGGACAAGAAGAAGAAAGCACAAGAACCUCGCGUGGAUAGCGCGUUCACUAUCCCUACUAGAGGCUUCGAUUCCAGAAUGGACGAUGCGCACUAUGAGAUGACAGACGCGGAGCUGGAGAAGAAGUUGGCUACCCUGCGAGACAUGGGCUUCACCGAGACGGAGCGGAACGCAAGCCUGCUUCGACGGUUGAACGGUAACGUGGAGAGGGUUGUCGAGACUUUAGUUCGACUGGGACCUCGAGAGAAUGGAGACACUACUUCGAGGCAGAACACAAGGUCGGCUCCAGCUCAAGCACACCCCUCUACUUCGAGAGCUCCUGAACCAUCCUACAACCCUUUCACGCAAUCGGCGAGUCAGCCUACUGUUGGCCUGUCAUUGGGCAAGCCACAAGAACCCUCGACACCGACAAGCGCGACGACAUUCGGCAGCAACAAUCCCUUUGCUGCUCCGCCUGACCGGACGACAACUGGGCUUGAGCAAUCGUUUCAAUCCAUGCAGGUAUCGCAGCAGCCUCAACAAGCAUUGUUUCCCCACAGCACUGGGGGUUAUCCUAGUCAACCUGCCCCUAUACAGGAUCCUCGCUCCCAGUACUCAAUGACGCCUCCAGUCCCAUCCACGCAGUAUCAAGACUUCGUGGCAUCUCCGCCAACACUUCCCAUGCCCAGCAACCCUUUCUUCCAACCCACCUCACUUUCAGCUCAGUCUACAGGAAACAAUCCGUUCCUUCCCCAAUCUCAAGUGCCUAUGUCUCCACCGACAAAUCCAUUCCUCAGUCAAGGCUUCAUCCAACCACCGCAACCACCACAAAGGCAGGUCUCGCUACCGGCCAGUUUUAAUCCUUUUGGCAUUCCACCUGCACAGACCUCGCCCGGGCAUCAGCAGCAAUUCCAACCGCAAGACCCCUUCGCCACGACUUCGCAGCAGACAAUCCAGCAACAAAAUGACUCUUUCCCGACGCAGGCCGCACAGCAGCAAGCUCAGCCAGCCGGCUACCAGACAGCGCAAUCCCAAUUCGCAUUCCCCAACACCCAGUAUGUCCAAGCUCAACCACAGGCGCCGGCCCAACAGCAGGCUCACGCACAAACACCGCAAUUUCUACAACAGCACCAGCCUUCUUAUCAGCAACAAUCAGAACAACAAUUUCCGCAACAAGCUCAGCAGCCGUUCCAGCCGUUCCAGCACAUGCCUCAACAAAAUAGCCGCCAGGACAAAAAUUCCAUCCUCGCACUCUACAACUAUCCCCAACUUACGUCUCAACGCCUGGCAUCCAUCCCCGAGCCAGCAACUGACCAGCAUCAGCAGCAACAACCCCAGCAGCAGCAAUCUCAGCAACAGCAGCAGCAAUACCAACAACAGUUCCCGCCAAUGCCAUCAGACCCGUUUGGGAAUUUGCCAUCACCGAAACGGAGCGUGACCAUGCCAGUCAGUUUAUCGAACAUGCACUCCGCAGGGGGAAGCGGGAACCGGAACCCCUUCAUGACGAAUACAAAUGCUACAACUCAGAAUACGAAUGCAACUACGAAUCCCUUCGGUGGAGGUACGAGUCCAUUCGCAUCACCUCCGCCCCAGCCUGGUCCGCAGGCACAAUCGCAGCCUUCACCAUUCGGGCAAGUCCAACCCCAACCCCAAACCCAACAGCCCCAACCACAAUACGCACAUAGCCAGUCCCAGUCCAACCCGUUCGGCCGGGUCAAGGAGAUCGGCCACGGCUUUGUCACGGGCGGCGGAUUUCCUGGUUCGAUGACAAAUUACAGCCAAGGACCAAUCUUGUCCACCCAGCAACGACCAGCGCAAGGGAUUGCGCCACGGCAUGCGAGUAGCGAGAGUAUGGCGGUGAACAAUCUUGACGCAGGGAGACACAGUCCCGACGCUUUUGCGAGUCUAAGUGCGCGGUACGGAUGA